AUGACUUUAAAUUGGCGAUCAGUUGUUGAAUAUUGGAAUCAAUUAGAGCCAGAAAGUUCAAGUCAGUUGUUAGUUCCAGGUACAGAAAUGACAAAAAAAUAUGCAGAUUAUCCUGAAACAAGUAUGGAUUGUGGUAAAAAAAUUGGUGGUGCACCAACAAAAGGAACUAUUCAUUUGCCAUAA